UGUGUGGGUGCGAAGCGGGGAGAUAGGUAGACGAAGGAGAGCGAGAACGGGUCGCGCGAGGAGGCUCCGAGGGAGUGUCAUGCGUCGCGAAUCCCGUCCGCUCGGCAUCGCCGCGCUCUGAGGCUCGACGGUUAUCUCGUAUUCGCGUCGUUCGUGCUAGUCUACGUCCACGUCGUCCCCGUCCGCCUCGUUCGGUCGUCGCGAAGCUCGGCGAUUCGCACGACGGAUCUCUUGGAAUGCUCUCGGGCUCUACCUGACACUACGUGGCCGUUUAGUUCAAGACGCUGAAAGAAAGACUAAAAACAUGGGAUGCAAUGCGGGCCGAUGCCUCGGUCCAGACGAUACGGGGUACCCUGGAUCAGGAUUCAUGGCAGCCAUCAGGAAGAAGUUGGUUAUCGUGGGUGACGGCGCUUGCGGAAAAACAUGUCUUCUCAUAGUAUUCAGCAAAGACCAAUUCCCUGAAGUAUAUGUACCUACGGUAUUCGAGAAUUAUGUUGCCGACAUCGAAGUGGAUGGUAAACAGGUAGAACUGGCUCUUUGGGACACAGCUGGACAAGAAGACUAUGAUAGGUUGCGUCCGUUGUCGUACCCAGAUACGGACGUCAUUCUAAUGUGCUUCUCCAUCGACAGUCCCGAUUCCCUGGAGAACAUUCCCGAGAAGUGGACACCAGAAGUGAAGCACUUCUGCCCGAACGUUCCCAUUAUUCUUGUGGGCAAUAAAAAAGACUUGCGUAAUGAUCCUAAUACUAUCAAGGAGUUGAGCAAGAUGAAACAGGAGCCCGUUAAGCCCGAGGAGGGUAGAGCCAUGGCGGAAAAAAUCAACGCUUUCGCCUACCUUGAAUGUUCUGCUAAGAGUAAGGAAGGUGUAAGAGAAGUCUUUGAAACGGCAACCCGAGCUGCGUUACAAGUAAAGAAGAAGAAGAAGGGCAGAUGUAGGCUCCUUUAAGAUGUUUAUCCCAAGUAAACCCGACGUAAUACGGGCGAAAUAAUGGAAUUGCGGAACUAGCUGCAACAAAGCUAGUCGUAAUGCCGCAGAUCCCGCGGAAACUAUCUUUAAUUAUUUUACAUAAUAAAAUAUACAACAAAAAAAAAUGAAAAAAGAUAUGGUGCAACCGCGUCAAACCAGAACAUUAUUAUUAUUAAUAUUAAUAUUAUUAAUAUUAUUAUAUAAUUAUAAUUAUUAUUAUAUGCAUUCUAUAUACAUUUUUGUUUUUUUUAAUCGUAGUGGCUCUUUAUUUUGGUAAUAAACAAAAUGAAGGAAAAAUUGAUCGAGUUAAGAAAGAAUAUAAAUAAGAAACAGAGAAUAUACAAAAUAGUGUAACACGGCAGUCAAAGAACAAUGUAGAAAGCUAAAAAAGCGAUUCGGAAGGAUUCCGAAUUUUUUGCAUCGCCAUUUUAUUAAAAUCGUUCCGUUAUGGAUUUGUGAAUGAAAAAAAAAAGAAAAGUAAUGGACAUUACAUUAUAAACGCGUAUAGGUAGAACAGAGAACAGAUCACUUUAGUCUUUAAGAUACCAAUUAGAUUAAAUGUGUGUAUUAUUAUAUAUUUUAUUAUUAUUACCUUUCAGUUAUAUUGUAUCACGGUGACACACUAACACACGGAUUAUAACUGCGGCUAUAUAUUUAUAUACUUCGGGGAACGCGUUUUCUUUUUGUGUCUGAACGAGUCUUUUUUUUUUUUAUUUUUAUUAAACACAAGAAUCAUGGACAUUCGAACAGAAGUGCUUCACUUCCGGUGUCCACUUCUCGUAACUGAAUUUGCGAUUUGCAUUUUUUUAUACAUGUACAUACGCCAUCAAUAUUUUUAGCGUAUAAUUAUUACCAGAUAAUCAGAGAUUAUCAGUCGUACAUAAUUAUUUCGCAACGAUAUAUCCCGAAUUGAUUUUACCGUGUGUGCCACGAUUAUAUUGAGUAUCGAGCUUCGCGAAAUUCACAUUAAUUUCCGAUCUUGUUGUUUUCGUCACAAGUUCUUCCUGUUUCGCUUGUACUACUCUUUACGCCGAAGUAAAGAAAAAAAAUGUUGAUGUGUUAUUCGUCUUCUUGUGUAGAGAUCCGUCUAAUCUGUGUAAGAUUCAUAAUAAAAUUUGUGUUAUAAA